AUGCUGCUACGCUUCAUAAGGUUUGAUAAUGAUGUAACGCACCCUGAAUGUUUAUUAGCUGAUAAAGCCGCUGCUAUACGAGAUAUUUGGACUAUGUUCAUUUCAAAUUUGAACAAAAACUACAAGCCUCGUGAAUGUAUUACGUCGACGAACAGCUAUAUGGAUAUCGUGGGCGGACUUGCUUUACUCAAUGUAUGCCAUCAAAACCUGAAAAGUACGGCAUAA